AUGGCGAGCAGCGGGCUGACUGCACAGCCUCUGGACGCUCACCGCGGCCUGCUGUGGCAGUUCCUUGUUGAGCUGCUCGUGUCCGGCAUCCUCACCGUGUUCUUCCUGUUCUACUUCAAUCGCCUGUUUGCGACGCUCCUCUCGUACGCCAUCCGCGCCUACACCUGGCACAAUUACCGCGCAUACCUUGACAUCCAAUCGCUGCAGAUCUCGCUGCUCGGCGGCCGCAUCUUUUGGAAGGACAUCCGCUACCACGGCCACAACCAGACCAUCCUCAUUCACGGUGGCUACAUAACAUGGCGCUUUUGGUACAGGAAGGUCAAAGGCACCGAGCUCUUCUGCAAUGGCCAUGCCACCGAAAAGCCCGCCCUGGCAGAUGGCUCGAGUGUCUACGGCAGCCCGUCGCGGAGCAGGAGCCGCAGCGUAGGCAGGGAGGAGGACGGCGGGAAGCACAAGCCCAAGGAGCUGCCGUGCCGUGUUUCCAUUAAGGUCUCCGGAAUGGAGGUGUUUCUGUACAAUCGAAGUCCCGCAUACGACUCUAUCAUUGACAACUUUGCGCGUGCCAUGGGUGCCAACGGCGUGCAGAAACCUGCCGCCGCCGACUCGCCGCAGUCUGAGCAAAGCACCGCUAAAACUGCCACCUCGGACAAGAUCCAGUCCACGCUUCACCGGAGACACACUAGUAGAAGCAGCAGCAGUUCCGACCAGCGUCGGGACGGCAGCAAAGAAAAAGAGCCGCACCGUCGCCAUGAGACAGAGGAAGCCUAUUCCCCACCAGAGAUACCCGCCUUCCUCCGUCUCCUCCCUGUUCGCAUUGAUUGCAACAAGGGUGCUGUCAUUGUGGGCAACGAGAGCACGCCAUCAAUCCUCUCGGUGAAGUUUGAUAAAGCCAGCGGAGAACUCAGCGCCGCUCACGCCGGGCCACUGGACAUAUACAAACAGCUGUUCAACUUCGAUUUCGAACAUCCUGUUGUGCACAUGAAGCCCAAUCAUGACUACAAGAACCCGCAACUAGCCACCGCGGCACGCCUGAAAAAGGAGGGUUUGAACGGCACGAGCUCUGAAACAGCAGAGAGAGAGCGUAAGACCGAAAGGCGUCGGAGGCCGUGGCACCCUCUACAAAAUCUCUCCUCGUUCUUCAGCGGCUCGACGGAUUCCCUGGCAAACUCACGAAAGCCAACGAAGAAACGUGCUUCAACCGCACAACCGGCCUUCCCUGGCCAGGAACGUUGGCUCGGCCUGACAAGGUACCUUGACGAUGCUGACCACGACGAGCAUGAUGAAUGGGGAGGCAUUGAAUACGCCAAAUUUUCAUUGAUUGCCGAUCUCCCGCGCCUCUCCAUGAGCUUCUACUGGGAUGUUCCCGGCUCUGUACCCAGAGGACCGGGUAUCGCUGAUCGGAAUCCAAGCGUCACGACCCUAGACAUCAACGGCAGUAUUCCUCCAGACUAUGGCCUUGACUUGCAAAUCUUCGGCGGGACCAUCAAUUAUGGCCCCUGGGCGGACCGGCACCGUGUCAUUCUGCAGAACUAUUUCGUCCCGGCGUCUUGCACAGAUGCGGUUCCGGCCGAACCCUUGAAUCCGGGAGCUGCUCGCGUCAAUACGGUGUUCAAAAUCUUCAUCAGUUUUGAGGAGGAGACCGUCUUGCGCGUUCCCGUUCGCGAGAAAUCCAAGGACUGGAAAUGGAAAGGCCGGGCCCAGAACGUCGGUGGACAUGGCAAGAGCACCGAGAGUGAGAACGUCCGUGUCAAGGGAAGGAAGAGGGCGGCAAGAAACAAGAAACGCGACACAGGUGCUACCGGACAGACAGUUCGGCCGUUUGGCUGGCUUGACAUUGAGGUGCAGCCGGACUCUACUGUCAAAUACGUCAUGGACAUGGUCGCAAGCUCGCAAGGCUACCGCAACUCUUUAGACCUUGACAUUCGUGAGUCCAAAGUCUACACGAGCGUUAACCACGACCUGUUGUGGAAGUCAGGUCGCUUGGAAAUGGACUGCAAUCUCUCCAACCCUCUGAAGUGGAACGAAUUGAGACAAUGGGCUUUCAACCUCAGAUGCAAUGAUCUUCAACUCUUUUUGCUCAGAGACCACAUGUUUCUUCUGACGGAUCUUGUGAAUGAUUGGGGUUCCGGUCCUCCACCUGAUUUUUACACCUUCACUCCGUUCAGAUACGUUAUGAACAUGGAUUUUCCCAACCUCAAAAUCUUCCUGAAUACAAACGACUCCAACAUCAUCAACAACCCGGCUGAACUCGAAGACAACCAAUUCCUGAUCUUGCAAGGCCGGCAUCUAGGCGCAAGGCUGGAGAUUCCGUUGGAUAAAUUCCGGCCGAUCGAAAGCGAAAUAUCCUUCAGUGCCCUGGGCGACCACAUUGGUCUGGAUCUCUCCAUGCCACCUCGCAACACCAUUGCAACAUUCGUCAAGGAAAAUCACGUCGCAGACUUGGGCAUGCUGACUCUCAAGGGAAGCUACAAGUACUGGUCAGAAACCUCACCCGGACUGACUGACAGACUGGUCCUUGAUGUCGGUGGUACCAAGUUUGAGCUCGCAUUGUUUGGCUUUGUGGUUCGGCAUUUCAUGAAGAUAAAGGACAACUACUUCGGAGAAGACAUGCAUUUCAAAACCUUGGAAGAGUAUCAAGAGCUCCCACAGAGCAAAGCCGGAGAGCCUCCUGCAAUCGACACGGCGGACCAAGCGUCGAAUAAGUCAAAUGAUUUGGAUGUCAUACUCUCCGUGUCCGCCGAGAAAGUUAGCGUCCUCCUUCCUGCCAAUCUGUAUUCUGUCGAAGAUCACGUCAGAGUCGAACUCCCCUACGCCAAUGCGGACCUCCGAUUUACCAGCUACUACAUGGAUCUCAUGGUUGACUUCAGCCCUCUGAGUCUCGCCCUGAACAUGUCUCAUGCAGAGGAGGAUAGCGGCUUCGAUACAAACAAUCGUACGCAACUGUUCGUUGAUUUGGUAAAGAUUUACGGCCAUCGAACGUUUGGACUGCCGCCGCUGGAGCCAACCUACGUCUGCAACUGGGAUUUCGAAGUGGGGAAAAUCACCGGCGAGUGUUCUGACAACUUUCUUGGGAAGCUUGGGGCUUUUGGGAAAUGCUUUGCGUUCUCAUUGGACGACGACGAGAACGCGCUGCCGAUUCUCAGUCCGUUGCUAAUACACGAUGUGACCUUUCUCAGACUCAAGACGAGCACAAUCAAAGUCUGGUUGCACGUUGCUCAAGAAGUGUUGCUACUGAGCACUGACGCAAUCAGUGUGGACUUCAAUGAUUGGGCAAACUCGACAUUUUCUCAACGUCUCAACGUCCUCAUUCCCAACCUUGUCAUAGCUUCUGUUGAAGCCAAGGCAGCUCUUCGCCAACGUAGUCGUAUCAGUAAGAGCACGGUUGACACGCAGGCGUACUUGCAAACUGAUAUCCGGCUGCACAUGCUGAAGCGGAACCUUCACUUCAGCGACGACCGUCGCGAUCAGCAGAAUCAUCUCAGGGAAAGUGAUUUGCGAACCCAUAGGACACCCUGGCUCCUACUUGAGGACCUGGAGGCAUCCGAAGACGCAACAAUUCACUCCAAGGUAGAGCCUCCAGCCAUGACGUUUCCACAACUGCCGUCUCCCCUGCGUAGCAAGUCCCUACUCCGGAAAGCGAGUUUGGCGUCCACUCUGGACACCAGAAAUGCAUCUGUGAGCUCAUCAGGACUUUCUGCAUCGAGUUCUUCUAUCAACAUAACCCCAAGGGUGCGACGCCGGCGGCGAGCGGGAAGUAUGGGUUCAGUGGCAGCUAGCUCCUUGAAGCAGAGCAUCCGCGCCAACGAUCCAAGACUAGCUGGCCAUCGCAAGACGGACAGUAAGGGUAGUCUCCCUGCGCGUCCUCCUCUAUUGCAGAGGAGAACAACAACAAGUAUCUACUCCGACGCGUUAGAAGGGGGCGAAGAGAUUGCUGGAAAGAUCGGUCAGCCGAGGUCGUCGAUUGCGCUUUCGAGUGCUUUGGAGUUUCCGUACUUCCCCCUGGAUGGUGUCGAGCUGGAUGUCUCUGAUGUGCCCGAGCAUCCGACAGAAGCACACAGCUGGAACACGGUGGACACGAAUGCUUUGGUCUUCAACGACGUGUCGACAAAAAUGUUUGACGAAGACUUUGUUCACACGAGCUUCCUCCUGAGCUUCGAACCGGGUAUCCGGGCCCUUGUGACGCCAAAUGCGGUCUCGACGGUAGUCAACUUGAUAGACUCCCUCCAAGAAAAACACCCACAGGACAUACUUGAUACCUUCCAGGUCGACAUAAUGGGCAAAAUUCUGGAUUAUCAAAAGCGAAUCGAUGGAAUAGGCACCUCCACUGAACUCAGUUUGAGACUUCCUUCAUUCCAGCUUCGCUUCAUCAAUAACAUCAUAACCGAUGGGAACAAGACCGGUGCGCCAAGUAAGGAUCAGUACGAUCUGGUCCUAGACAGGUUGUCAGUCAGUCUGCGGCAGAAGAAUUUCCCCACUGAAGCAGCGGUCAAAAACAGCACAUUGGCAGUGCAUACAGUGCUGAAGUCACUCACGGUUUCUGUAAGGGAGAAGCAGCCGAACGCAACUGUGAGCGAUGUGGCUGUGCAAGCCAUCCUGACUGACGUGCUACUUUGGUUGGUCACCGGCAAGACAUUAUCUGUCAAUGUGUCUUUCAGAGGACUUGAGGUUGCGAAUUCGAGCAAAAAGCUACAGUAUCUCGCCUCCUUGAUCCACCGCUCGACAAUACUUGCGGAUGAAAUCGAAGCCAAAUUUGCAGCCGUCGCCCCAAAGAGCAAGAGACGACUUUCCUACUUGGCGUAUGCACUCACGACCGCAGGCCGAGAGGUCCCUGACCCAUCUUUCAUAACCAGACCAUCCUAUGCCUUGCGAGCAGCCAACAACCACCUUCGAAACCACGACUCGUGGAAGAUCGUUUCACGUUUCCGAUACAUAUAUGAUAACCUAGAGCCUAGCGUAAAGGACCAAGUCACUCAAACGUGCAUCGAAGGAUUAUCCACCUGUCCAGAGGAUGCCGAGGCGAAGGUUGUUGAGAUAUGGGACCAAUGGCGUGAAUGGGACCUGGCUCAUGUGAGGAAGAGCCUCGCAAUUCGCGCGAUCUACGGCUCUGUCAUGGACGAGGAGGCCGUGGAGGACAAGCCGUUGCCGGUCGACAUUUCAGUCAAGACUGCUGGGAUCCGAAUUGUCAUAGAUCCUGGUCCGGAGCAAAGCGAAAUACUCUUUCAGCUUUUGACUAUCAAUGCUACCCUGACACCGCCUCCAGAACCAUCUGGCCUGAUGCUGUUGGAGCAAGACAAUCCCACCAAAUCCACUAUCGUGGAAGUCUCUACCCGGAACGUGCUUGUCAAGUUCAGCUGGGAAAUUUGCGAGCUGGUCGAGAACGUUGUUACCCUAUUCCAGACCCAAGGCCCACAGGCGAAGGCGAGCAAGCAGGAACCAGAUCAGAAGCCCCCAGAGCCUCGAAGUAGCAAUACCACAAAGCCUGAGGUUCACGACUUCCAAUUUCUCUUUGGGACCGACAAGGGCAGUAUCAGCCUUGACACGAUCAAUUUACGUCAUGUCUCGUCCUCCCACGGGAUGAAGAUAUCAGUUGCUGGCUCAGACAGGAAAGCAGCGGAUGAGGGCAUAAGCGUCAGCGCCCUAAUCCAUUCCGAUGCUGCUGGUUCUGAACUACGAUCACGCGGCAGACUCUUGAUGAGGUCUCAGGUUGUCCGGCCCAGUAUCUUCGUCUCCCACGACGACGACAAGUGGAGGCACCCCAUGCCAGAGGGGUGGAUGGUUGUUGGCAAAUGCGAGGAGGUAUCGUGGAAGGUUGAGGAAGACAUCCUUGGCAUCAUCGAAGUGGCAAACUCGAUCAUCUGCGACGAGGUGGCUUACUUCGCACGGCAAGCGGAACGAUUCAAGAAGCCUGCGCCUGAAGAGCCCGUGGUCAGUGCGACAAAGAAAGAGUCAAGCCUCCCGAACAUCACCGUCGCUCUGCUGAUGGAUGCCUACCGUAUUGAUGUUGCUUUGCUUCAAUCCUUGAGCUAUGUCGUCUCGGGUCAGAUGGGAAGAGUUUCGGCAGCACCUGUUCUUGGAGGAGACCCGACCUUGAACGUCAACUUCGAUCUCGAUCGUCACACCCAUUACCUACGGAGCCACGACAAGCACGGCUGGCAAAACAUAGCCGUCUUCCCUGUUCCGCUGCACAACGGGCACCUGCAACUGAUGGAUUCACCAGGCGGGCCAAAAAUCCUCUUCAACAGCAUCAUGGAGACUUUCAUCGUCGAGGCAUCUGCGGUACACGGGCUGCUCUCCACGCUCCAAGAGCAGGAAGUCGAGAAUGUCAUGAAGACCAUUGAGGGUGAUAUUAGGGUUUUGAAGAGCAACAUCAAGGAAGCUUUGCCGAAGAGAGACACUGCUUCAAUCUCUCCGGGAUCGAGCGAGGAAGAUCGUCCGGUGGCAUUUGAUGCAAGCUUCGUUAUGACCGGCAUGAGUGUAAUUGCCCGGGCGCCGACAAAGCUCGCCGACUCCUCCGCUUCGACACUUGCAUUCGAGCUCAACCGCAUCCAAGGCAGGGCAAGCAACAUCGCAGAAGACGGCUCUGUCCUUCCCAUUCCGGAGUUUUCGGCUGUGCUUCCUCACAUCAGCCUGUCCCUUGAGCUCUCGGAUGGUGACGACAUCAGACAUUGCGGCAACCUUCUUUUCGGACUGGAAUUCCGCGGAACGCUUCAAGGCAGCGCGUCUGACAUGCCACGGCGAGACUAUAGGGUCCGCAGCACAGGCCUCGAGAUCAACGUAUUUGCAGAUACGGCUUCAGCCGCCGUUGAAGUCAUGAACCACCUGCAAGAAAGAAUCAAGGUUCUCGACCUCUCGAGGGAGAGGAGGUAUCUACGCAAACUUCGCCAGCCUAGGCGGAGACCUUCCCAUCUCGUCCCCGCAAGCAACGGCGAAGAUGACGGCUCGCCAAGCAUUGCAUCCAGUGGACUGUUCACAUCAGCGGCCUCACUCGAGCUCACCAAUGUUCAAAUCAGCUGGAUCGUUGGAAACUCUGUUCCUGCAUAUCCGGGCCGUGAAAUCGAAGACUUGGUCUUGUCCUUCAAGAGGAUCGACCUCUCGACAAGAAGCGAGGAAACAGCCAGGCUUGCCAUUGAGGACAUGCAGCUGCAGAUGGUCCCGUCAAGCCAGCCUAAAACGCAGCGCUCGCUCAACUCGGCACUUCUCCCUGAAGUUGUCUUCAACGUCUCGUAUGCCUCUUCAAAGGCGGAUCGUCGGUUCGCCUUUUAUGCCGCAGGAAAGUCACUUGACCUCCUCCUCGAAUCACGCUUCGUUCUGCCGGCGUCCAUCUUGGAGAGGUCGAUUUCUCUUGCAAGUCAAAAGGUCCAAACUGCGACUGCAUCCUGGAAGACGGCUGCAACGCCGGAUGAGACGCCACGCAAGAGUUUGUUUAACAACAAGAAACUGUCCUCGCUUAUUGUUGACGCAGACUUUGCCGGCGCGGUCGUCACCCUCCAGGGCAAGCGUGAGCCGCCACGUACAACUUCUCGCCUGAACAACGGUCGCAGUUCGCAGUAUGGACGGUAUGGUCAGUUUGCCAGCGAUGGGUCCAACACGAGCACAACACUCCGCGCUCCUGGCAUAUCCCUCAAGGUCGAAUACAGGGAUAACUCGCUUGAUCCGUCACUCAAUGCCGAAGUCAAGGUUAACGCUUCAAGCAACUCCCUGUAUCCCACCGUGGUUCCUCUCAUCAUGGACAUCUCCAACAGCAUCAAGGAGGUCGUCCAGGACAAGGACAAGGACCAGAAGCCGACGAAAGCCCCUGAACCGAAGGUACCGCAGAAGUUCCUUGACGAGGAAAGCCUCAUUACGGCGGACCCAAGUGCCCUUCUCGGGAAGACGCGGCUCAACAUGGGCAUUCGCAUCUGCCAGCAAGAGUUCAGUCUCAGCUGCCAGCCAAUCGCCCGGGUUGCAGCCACUGCGCGCUUCGAGGAUAUCUACCUCACGGUCAACAGCAUCAAGUCGACGGAGCAAGGCCAUUUCUUCGCUGUGUCUUCCACCUUUGACAAUCUGCAAGCUUCGGUGCAACACGUCUACUCGAGGGAGUCCACCUUCAGCUUUGAUGUGGACCGCAUUGUACUCUCGGUGAUGAACAGCAAGCACUUGAGCGGGACAAGCGGUAUCUCGGCCAUCCUCAAGAUUAACCCCAUGAGAACGCAUAUCAAUGCAAGGCAGCUCCAGGACUUCUUGCUUUUCCGCGAGAUUUGGGUGCCGCCAGAGGUCCGCCAGGCUUCAAAGGCCCCCAGUCCGACGCCUUCCGAGGAACCUCAAGAAUAUCUCGUGCAGAGAUACCAACAGGUCGCUGCCGCUGCAGCGUUCCCCUGGAAUGCGACCAUUGCCAUUGAGGAGAUGGCUGUUGAUCUCGACAUGGGACAGGCGAUCGGGAAGCCAUCGUUCAAGAUUGUCAACCUGUGGGCGUCUUCGAAGAAGACGUCAGACUGGGAGCAGAACCUCUGCUUUGGGAUCAACCGGGUCGGCAUAGAGAGCACAGGCAGAACAAGCGGGUUUGUCGAGCUGCUCGAUUUCAAAGUCCGAACCUCCAUCAGCUGGCCGUCCCAGAAAGAAGAAGCGCGAAGGACUCCGCUUAUUCAAGCAUCCAUGGGCUUCGAGCGCUUGCGCGUAAAGGCCGCGUUCGACUACCAGCCGUUUGCCGUUGCUGAUAUCACAUCCUUCGCCUUCCUGAUGUACAAUGUCAGGGGGAUGGAGGGCAGCGCCCAGGACCGACUAGUGGCCACCCUCGAGGGCGACCGAGUGCAAGCGUUCAUGACACCCAUCAGCCCAGCCCAAGCCAUAGCGCUCAUGCAGGCGGUGGAGAGGCUGGUCCAAGAAAACCAGACGGCGUACCAGCAGUCGCUGAAGGACAUCGAGAAGUUCCUGCGCCGAAGCUCGGCCAAGCAAAGGCGCACCAGCCUGGAAGAACCCGCAUCGCAGAAGGCCGAGGUCGACGGCAACAAGCCGCUCGAGACGCCCAUUUCCCUCCACACCGACGUCGUCGUCACCCUCAACUCCAUCAGCGUCGGCGCCUUCCCCGCGACCUUCUCGGACCAGCAGAUGCUGCUCCUCACGGCGUCGGACGUGCAAGCGCGCUUCGCCGUGUCGCUGGAAAACAGCACCAUCCACAGCGGCCUCGGCAUGACGCUCGGGCAGCUCAGCGUGGCGCUGGCGUCCAUCGGGCACGCGUCCAAGGGCCCCCGGGCGGUCAGCGAGCUGACGGUCGAGGACGUGGUGGCGGGCGCGGCGACGGCGAAAGGCGGCACCAUCCUGCGCGUGCCCAAGGUCAUCGCGACGAUGCAGACGUGGCAGGCGCCGGGCGGCAACGCCAUCGACUACAUCUUCAAGAGCUCCUUCGAGGGCAAGGUCGACGUCGGCUGGAACUACUCGCGCAUCAGCUUCAUCCGCAACAUGUGGAACACGCACUCGCGCGCCCUCGCCAGCCGCCUCGGCAAGCCCCUGCCCGAGUCCGCCGUCAAGAUCACGGCCGGCCCUGCCGCCGCCUCUGCCGCCGGCGCCGCCGAACAACAGCAGCCCGAAGCCUCUGCCGCAGCCGCAGUCAAGGCAGCGAGCGAAGAGAAUACCGCGGCGGCGGGAGGAGACAAACACCACGGCGCCGAAACAGACAGGGGCAGCGGCAAGAUCACGGCCGUCGUCAACGUGCCGCAGUCGCGGUACGAGUACACGCCGCUGGAGCCGCCAAUCAUCGAGACGCCGCAGCUGCGCGACAUGGGCGAGGCGACGCCGCCGCUCGAGUGGAUCGGCCUGCAGCGCGACCGCCUGCCCAACGUCACGCACCAGAUCGUCAUCGUGACGCUGUUGGAGAUUGUCAAGGAGGUGGAGGAUGCGUACGCGAGGAUUUUGGGGUCGAGUUGA